GGUGGAUUGCUCAAAUUUAAACGAACUUGGCUCUCAUUAGGAAGGCACAUUAGCACAUUACUGAUAAAACAUCACACUAUUGUGCGAUAUUUUUAUUUGUUAGCUAUGAGAAGUGCAAAUAACAUGUUUUAAUUAUUUUCGCGAUACAUUAUCUAUUCAAAUUAUUUGUCGCGUUUUCAUAAACAAGUAACUUAAGUUAUACCUUUUGUAAAAUAUGAUUAAAGCGUGUUGGUUUUUAUUGUUUAAUGUGAUUUUGUUGCACGGCAAGUAUGCUACGAGCAGUCCUGUUAGAAUGGGUUACGAGUACGUGCCAGAAGUGGACGCGUGGCUACGACUGCACAUCGAGCCCCUCACCUGGCCCGACGCACGUCUGCGCUGCCAUCUCGAAGGUGGUGCCCUGGCCACCCCGACAACAAGCGCUAUGUCCAAUGCGAUGAUAGCAAUGUUGGCUGCAAGCAAGAUGACCAUGCGCCACGCGUACAUAGGAGUGCAUGCCUUCAUAUCCAAGGGAGAUUUCAUGAGCAUGGAAGGAAUUCCGAUGGCUAACCUCUCCAUCCAAUGGCGCGAAGGGGAGCCCAACAAUGUGAAGAACGAGGAAGACUGCGUGGUGUUGAACGGUGUAGGCGAGGCCAUAGAUGUCGGCUGUAAUACGCCUCGUCCUUUCUUUUGCCGCAAGAAGAGCGAAAAGAUGAUUGUCAACAAGUGUGGAACUACAGCUGAAGGUUACAAACAUGAGUCUCUCACUGGCAGCUGCUACAAGUUCCACCGCCUUUCGAGAACCUGGUACCGGGCCGCCAUGGCGUGCCAAGCAGAGGGGGGGCACCUGGCAGUCAUCAACAGCAAUGAGGAAGCGCAAGUGCUGAAGGAUAUCUUUGGGAGGAAUCCCAGUACUACUAUAAAAACGGGUGAUUCGAGGUGGGCCAGUGUGGGCAUUUGGGAUUGGAAUGAACAUGGGGAAUUUCUGACAAUUUUUGGUGAGACGCUGUCCGAGGCCGGAUUCGAAGGAUGGCACCAGAACGAACCCAACAACGUUGGCGGCAAGGAGUCCUGCGGCACGAUCAACCGCGAUGGCCACCUAAACGACUAUCCUUGCAACUUACCUCUCCCGUUCAUAUGUGAAAUCACAAUAUAGAUGUAUCGCAACGUAAAUCCAAGGGCCAACAAAAACGUUACAAAUAAGGAAAAAACUGAAUCCUUAUAGUCUCCUCUUGUAGUGUGUGUGUGUGUGUGUCUUGUAGUGUAGUGUUGUAGUGUAGUAGUAGUUCUGUCUUGUAGUGUAGUGUUGUAGUUGUAGUGUAGUUGUUGUAGUUGUAGUUUAGUGGCCUCGGCCUGAUAGUCUGUCACAGCUUAUUUGCUCAGAUAAUCAAUAUUAUUCGAAUUUGAUACACAUAUGUAAGUCUGUGACUAUAUAGAGACUACUAAUUUACCAGAAAUAAAAAAAAAAAAUGUUAUAUAUCAAACAAAGGGCCA